AUGGAGGCAUUGAAGGAGAACAUCUCCUCACACACAUAUUUCUUUCUGGAUGGAUUUGGUGAACUUGGAGCAUUGAGGCCUUUCCUCUUCAUCCCGUUCUCCUUCAUGUUUGCUGUGUCACUGUUUGCCAACUUCCUGCUGCUGUACGUCAUCAUUUCACAGAAAAGCCUCCACUCACCGAUGUACAUCCUCAUUGCUGCUAUGUCGUGCAUUGACCUGAGCCUGCCUCUGUUCUUUCUUCCCCACAUGCUGCUGAGCUUCCUGUUUGAUUGGAGAGGAAUCUCUUUGACCGGCUGCCUUGUUCAGAUGUAUUUUGUUCAUUUGUUAGGAGCCUUUCAGUGCAGUCUGCUGCUGUGGAUGGCUCUGGAUCGUUACUUUGCCAUCUGCACCCCUCUCUACUAUCACAAACAAAUGGCUUUACCAAGAUUUCUCAAAUUUGUCAUCCCACUUUUCAUCAGAAAUCUGAUCACUGUCUUGGUGGUGGUGAUUCUGGCUGGAAAGGUAUCGUUCUGUUCCAGAAAUGUGAUAAACCAUUGUUUCUGUGAGCACAUGGCCUUGGUGGAGCUGGCCUGUGGAAGCACCACCAUCAAUAGUGUGGUUGCUUUGAUUUUAGUGUUCUUAGUCCCUGUGACUGACUUCUUCCUCAUCACUGCCUCUUACAUUGUUAUAUUCAGUUCUGUGCUGAGUUCAGGAAAAUCAAGAGCCAAAGCUCUUCACACCUGUGUGACCCACAUCGUGGUCAUGACUGUUAGUCUGAUCAUCGUACUCACAGCUUUCCUGUCAUAUCGAAUAAGAAACAACCUCCCUGCAGGCGUUAGGAUUUUCUUCAGCAUAAUGUACCUGUUCUUUCCAAGUUGUUUCAACCCGAUCAUCUACGGCAUCAGAACCGCAGAAAUCCGAAAGCACAUCCUGAAGUUCCUUAACAACAAAAAUAUAUUCCACAUUAUCAAAUGA